AUUGAUGUAGUGGGAGAGAGAGGGAGCGGUGGUUACGUGGAGCAGAACCCCACUUCAUCAGGCAGCAUACGGCAGCCCUGCAGUGCGAUCACACAGCCUGAGAAUGGGGCUAUGAGCUCGAGCGCGAGGAGCGAACGCACGAAAGCAGCGCGAGACGAGAGGGAGGGAGUUCAAACGAAGAGGAGAGCCGGAGGGAUUCGCGCGGAUGCGAAGGGGGGAUGAUUAGACAGUCUGCUGCCUGUCGUGGACGUGGGCAGGAUGUGGCAGUAGCGGCCGCGGUCGAGGCACACCCGCGCUCCCCUGUGUAGAAGCGGCCGGCGUCGCGGACGUUAUGCCCCGCGAGCACUGAGGCUUGGCGCGCGCGCGAGCGAGACCCGGGAGCGGCUGCAUGUGGCGGGCGGGCGGGGGAUGCAGCAGAGCGCUGCCCCGAGCACCGAGGCUGCCAGCGGUACCCAGCGAGUAGAAGAGCCCGGUGGGCCGGGGUGGGAGCGGGGGGCGCCCGCCUCGGGAGCGGGUCGGAGCCUGGAUUUAUUGCCGUGAGACAUGAGCGGCACGCUCGCGCAGCCAGCAGCCCGCUGACGCGUGUGGAUGCGGGGCAGCGCGCGGACAUCACGCCUUCCUGCCGUGGCAGACUGCUGGCCUGGAGCCCACGCUCGGAUUGGACCGGGAACUGAGGAGUUUGGGAUCGGCACACUGUGGAAAUCCUGAGUCCUUUCUCUUUUUUUCCUGCUUUAGGAUUUACAACAUGUCCACCUGACUGCGCUCCGCGCGGCUCCGGAGCGAGGACGAAGCCCGCUUUUUUUAAGCUAACGUGCGUCCGUUGAUCAAACAUAACCGAGUACCUCAAGCGUGCGUUAGAAUGCUGCUUCCUGCGUUGUAUGAGCCGCGUCCUAGCUCUCAGAGAGGUUGACCAAUGAAGCCAUGGGACUCAGCCAGAGCUUUACAAAUGGGGCCUGUGGCAAAGCCCUGGACCAGCCGGUGGGCGAGUGGCUGGAGCACGCGGGGCUGCCGCAGUACGAGAGCAAGUUCCUGCUCAAUGGCUUUGACGACCUGCGAUUCAUGGGAAGUAACGUGAUGGAAGACCAGGACCUUCGAGACAUGGGGAUCACUGACCCGGGACACAGAAAGAAAAUCCUCCAUGCGGCACGCAGCUUGCCCAAGGUGAAGGCGCUGGGCUGUGAUGGCAGCACAUCUCUCGCCUCCUGGCUGGAUGGACUCGGCCUGCACGAGUAUCUGCCCAACUUCCUUUCAAGCGGAUACCGCACACUGGAGUGUGUUAAGAACCUGUGGGAGCUGGAGAUCAUCAAUGUGAUAAAGGUCGGGCCCCUCGGCCACAGGAAGAGGAUCAUCGCCUCCCUCGCUGAGAGACCUUAUGAGGAGGCUCCGUCCAAGUCCCGACGUCUGUCCCCAAUCAUGUUCCAUGACCUCCUGACCCAGACCACAUCUCCCCUCAGUCAGAUGGACCCCUACACCAGUCGCUCCAUGGACAUGCUCCUGCCCCUCAGCGAGUCGGACCGCAGGCGGAGAGGGGUCGACCCGGACUGCAGCGUGUCUCUGCGCUCGUACAACGAGAGGCCGCGCUCCGUUGACAGACACAGCGACCGGCACAAAGAGUCUCGUUUGAACCUCCGGCCUCCGAGCCACUCUGCUACCUACGCCACGGUGUCCGCCUGGCAUCACCAGCCCGAGAAGCUCAUCCUGGACUCCUGCGGCUACGAGGCAUCUUAUCUAGGAUCAAUGAUAAUCAGGGAUCUACGAGGGAUCGAGUCCACGCAAGACGCCUGUGCUAAAAUUAGGAAAUCCAAGGAUUCUAAAAAGGGUCCAGUUGUUAUACUGUCCAUUACCUACAGAGGGGUCAAGUUCAUUGAUGCAGCCACGAAGACCAUCGUGGCAGAGCAUGAGAUCAGGAACAUCUCGUGCGCUGCCCAGGACCCAGACGACCUCUGCACAUUUGCAUACAUCACCAAGGAUCUGAAGAGCGGCCACCACUUCUGCCACGUCUUCAGCACUGUGGAAGUGACGCAGACCUACGAGAUCAUCCUGACGCUGGGCCAGGCCUUCGAGGUGGCCUACCAGAUGGCGGUCCAGUCCCGGGCCAGGCACUACGUCCCCCCGGCGCCUCUGGGCUCAGAGAUGGUGGAGACCAAGAGCAGCCGGCCGGUGUCUCAGGCCUGGAGCAGCAUGCGGAGAUCAGCAGGUGCCCCUCUGCUUGAAUGCCGCUGCUGUCACUGUCACACGUGUACUACCCACCGUCCCUCCUUCCUCCCGUUGCACUCUGUUAGCCCCGGAGUCCAGGUCCUUCUCUUUCCUUUCCUCUAUUCAAGCCUUACUCAUCACACCACAGCAUCGACCCCCUGGAGAUGGACGCCGACAUGCAGUCCCUGGGCAGCACCACCUGGCUCCUGGACCACCGGGACUCCAACAGGCGCCCCGUCAGCACCAAGUACGAGACCACCAUAUUCUGAGGCCGGACCCCCACGGCUGCCCCUCGGCGGCCCCCUCGUACUUCCUCCCUCCCCCUCUGCAUCUGGUUCCGCCGCACACGGACACAAACACACACACUUCUAUACAUGCGAGCCCCGUGCCUUCUCACUGUGAUGGUAUAGCGUCCCUCAGGGCUGCCUGCUCCUGCACCCUCCUUUGCCCCGCCCACAGACCCACAACCUCCUACCCGCCAUGACAAACACCCCCGCGGCUCCCCCGUGCCUCCCCAGCACCCCCGACAGCACCCCUCGCCUGUUGCUGCUGCAGCCAAUGCCGGAGCCCUGGAACGGAUGAUCCUGGACUGAUCUCAUUUUACAGUGGCCCUUCUCUCUCAACCAAACUGCCUCUUCUUCCUCAUCCUCCUCUUCCUGCCAACUUGCAUCUGCCUCCAAAUCCCCGGUAGCUCCUAGAGGUUGCAUCUUUAUUAUUCUUCCUCUUUCAGGUCAUUUUGGUUUUUAGAUGCAGAACGAGCAUUAUCAUUUUUCAUUUUGCUCUGAAUCUAGACUACUUAGUGCCAGUAGGUUUAUAGUAUUCAGUAAGAUGAUAAAGUAUAAAUAUAUUCAUGAGACAAAGGGUGAAAUGUGUUCAACAUUUUGAGAAAUAUGCUAAUUAUUUUCUUGCAGUGAGAUGUAAGAGGUGAAGAUUUGCCAAAUAGAGCCUCUAAAGCUCAUUCUUGCAAAUGAAAAAGGAACAAAUUACUGUCAGAGUAUUGGCAAAAUGUUGAACUCUUUCCUUAAGGGAUGCGGCUUCGUGGAAGCACAUUUGGGUGGAAGGCGGUGAACCUCUGUGUUUAAAUAUAGCCCAGGCUGAGAGAGGUGUGACGCCAUCGAUACAGAUGUGCUUCUCCAAAGCACAGCCAGCUAGAAACCAACCCUUUUAACAUCCCACAGACUGGAAAUGGGGAUUUUUAAAUCAGUUGAUUUAAAGCACUUUAUUUUUAUUUUUAUUUCCAGCAUUACCUUUUAAUUUCCCUUUGAUUGCUUUGCCUCAAGUUAUUGCCUUGUUUCUUUCUCCAUCUGUAGCCUGUCCUGUCUUACCAGACAUCUACCACUGUGAUGUGAGGCACUUUGAGGAGGCUGCUUUGCUACAGUAGCAUGGGAUGCAAGACGGACUAGUAAACUCUGAGCGACAAAGCAGCGAGCAACCUGUUCUUUUUCUACGCAUUUGUACAAUAGUCAUAUUAACAUGACGGAUCGCGAAUCUGUCACUGAUGUCUGAAGUCAAACGGACCAAGAACUGUUUAACCCUUGUACACUCACACACACACACACACACACACACACACACACACACACACACACACACACACACACACACACACACACACACACACACACACACUGGAGGACAACUUUCCUACACUUUACCAAGGACGACAGCCUUAUUUCUGUUCGGGUUAUGUAUAAUCGACUAAAGCCCCACCAUCCCCUUAAUCCCCUGAACACCACCACCACCACCACCACCCGAUAACUGCACGUCUCCCCUGCUAUAAAAGACUUUAAAAAAAAGAUGACGACACUGAUUUGGUGGUGUGACUAAUUGACUGUGACCGGCUGGCAUGACGUUCUUAUGAUGGUACAGUUCUGUCCAGAUGAGAGUCCGUGCUCUGGCCUUGUACUGCCCUGUGCCUCUCAGCGUUCACGGUAGCACAGAGAGACUGCAAAUCACAGCAUCUUCUUGUCUAUUUAAAAAAAGAACAAACACUGUGUUAAAGCAUAGCACUCUUUGAAUACGUUUUCUUUUCUUAUGGUCCGAACAGGACGUUUUGUGAUACUUUACGGGGUGAGAAAGACUUAGAGCAGAAUGAUGAAGAGAGGAUCGUGAUGGAUCCUGACAUUAAUACAACCAGAGGCAAAAACAAACACACACACACACACACACACACACACACACACACACACACACUCUGACGACGGUUUGACAUUUUACUAAUUGAAACAAACAAACAAAAAAAAAACAGCAUUGUGAACACAAUUUGAUUUGAAUCAAGUACAUUAAUGAGCCCCGAGCUCGAUUUGGUGCACAUUCCCAACAUAGCAUCCCAUUACACUGAUUACACGGUGAGGUCCGUGCUGUUUCACACCAAUUUAGAAAAAGGUACAGUACACACGCGGCGUGAAAAGAUUCCAUUCCACCGCGUUAAAAGAGCCCAGUCUCCACGUUGCCCUGGUGUGGUGUUAAUGCGAGCGGAUUUGCUCUGCUGAGGACGUGACGCCGUUUCUUUUUCUUCUGCACUGUGACUCGAUGCUCGUUGUGGAGUCGACACGUGUGUGUGGGUCCCCCCCGCUGUGCGUGUGUGCCUGUGUCUCCCGUGUGUCCUCGUGGGGGUUUGGACUGUUACAUUGUGACGUCGCUGGCGUCCGUCCCGCGGGCGGCGCCGCCCCGUUCCGACUGUUAACCGUUGGCUUCCCGCUGGCGACGCAUGCUGGCAGCGCUCCUGUGGCUCGUGCCCUGCGAUGCACUUGGCCCGAGCAGGAUCUGUGUGUUCUGUGGCAGUGUCUCGUCUCCUCCAACUCAUCCGCCACUUGCUUUUUCUGUUCCCUCUCUUUGUUCCACACCGGUGCAGCGACUCAUCCCCACACCCCCUCCCCCUCCCCCCACGCCUCCAUCGCCGUCAUCCCAGCAUCUCCACGUCACGUAUGUUCUUGCACUUUGUGUGUCACCAAGACAACCUGCUCUAAAAUGGAUGCACAAUAUGAGAGCGUUACACUUUAAUGAGCAGCAGCUAUUUAAAGCGAAGGUUGUGGUGGCAUGAUGUGGCUGUGCAUGUUCCGGUCUUUUUAACAUUGGUGUUUUCCCUGUGUAGCUCACCCCAGCGUUCAAGUUUCCGGAUACCAAGCUGUGAGUUGAAGGGGAGCAGCCGAUGUGAGGGUGUUUGCGUGUGUUGAGUUAGAGGGCAGAGCAGUGAAAGGAGAGAGAGGGAGACGGGAGGUACGCCUUAUGCAACGCGGGCCGACCAGCGCCACUCUGACAUUUAGAUCUCACUCUGUAAAUGCCCUGCUCCUCCACUGCCCACCAUGAAUCCUAACACACGGCUCAACGUUAACCUGUUGUCCCACAUCACUGGCUGAACAGGACCUGUGUUUCACUCCUGUCUUGAGAAAGGUCAGUGAGAAAGGUCGGGUUUAUUUGCUGCUGAUCUUGUCAUGUAGGUACUAUAUUGUUUAGAGCACUGUAGGACAUUAUGAUAUAGCCCAUUAUUGAGCAUUUCUAUUGAUUCAGGUCUAUUGAAGAUAGUAACUGUGGGAAUUAUUCAAAGGUAAAGAGAAAUGUAACAAAAUGUAGAGAAAAGCUGUACCAGCAUUCAAUGCUUUGCCCAUGUUUUUGGACAGAGUUUGGUUUGUCAAUGAAGAUAUGAUACGAUUUCAAAUUUCAAAGCAAUAUUAUAUUAAUGAAUUAAAUAAUACAAUGGCAAAAGAA